AUGCGUCAACAAAUAUUAUCUUGUGUACUUCAAAACAAUAGAAAAAUAAACAUUUCAUUUGCACUAGCUAAUUUUCAAACAUCAGUAGAACCUUCUAGUAAAUCACAAUUAGAUAAACCGAUUGGAUAUUGUUUAAUGUGUCAAUUUUGGACAUAUGAUGUCUUUUAUCAUCCAGCAAUUAUUCAAGGCAAUUAUGAUUAUCUAAUGAGAAUGGAUGAUGAUUCAUACUUUAUAUCUUCAUAUGAGGAAUCAUUCGACUCGAUGCAUCCAAUCCUGCAACGUUUUCUCAAUAAAAAUAGUCUUCAACGUGGUUGUAUUUAUAAUAAUUUCUUUGUUAUUCGUUUGAAAUGGUAUUAUGAAUCCAAACGAGUUUAA